UAACUCUAAGGUUGAUAGAGAAUACUACAAGCUAUGGUCACCAUGACUGAUAACCAAUACUACUUGGUUUGCUUCCUCUUCUUGUUCCUCACAACUUUUUUGUUUCAAUUUAUUUUCAACAAGCUUCUCAAGCUUAAAACCCAUCCUAAACUCCCUCCAAGCCCACCAACUUUACCAGUUAUUGGUCAUCUCCACCUCAUUUGGCCAUCAUUUCACAAAUCCUUGCAAAAGCUCUCCACCCAAUAUGGCCCUAUUUUCAAUCUCCGCCUUGGUUUCGCUCAAUGCAUUGUGGUUUCAUCGGCCUCAGUAAGCACUGAAAUAUUUAAAACUCAUGAUCUUUCUUUUGCGGAUCACCAAGAGAUUGCUUUCAUAGAGAAGACACCAUAUGGAAACUCUGGAUUUUUCAGUUCACCAUAUGGUGAUUAUUGGCGGUUCAUCAAGAAAUUGUGCAUGACGGAACUUCUUUCAACUGGACAGCUUGAAAGGUCUCGGGCGGUUCGAGAGAAAGAACUUGCACGUUUUUUGCAAAACGUUUUUGAGAGUGCCAAGCGGAAAGAGGUUGUUGAUUUGAAUGUUGAGCUUAUGAAGCUAACAAAUAAUAUGUUGUGUAAGAUGGCGGCAAGCACAAGUUGUUCCGAGAAAGGUGAUGAAGCUGAAAGGAUUAGAAAGAUAAUGAAAGGCAUCUUCAGUUUUGGUUCCAAGGUAUUUUUUGGAAAUAUGUUGGGACCCUUUGGUAUAUUGGCUUUUUGGUUGUUUGGAAAGCCAGCCAUAAGAGAACAGUUAAGGAUUGAUGAGCUCUUGGAAGGGAUGUUGAAGGAGCAUGAAGAUCAGAUUGGGAAGAGAGACACUCAAGAUUUUAUGGAUAUAUUAUUGAAGGUGUAUCAAGAUGGCAAGGCUGAGGUCAAAAUGACCAGAAACAAUAUCAAGGCUUUUUUAACUGAUCUUUUUGUCGGAAGUACUGGUACCUCAUCGGAGGUCAUUCUGUGGACAAUAGCUGAGCUCAUCAACCAUCCUUCUGUAUUCAACAAGGUUAGAGAGGAGAUAAAUUCAGUCAUUGGUAGUACUAGACUAGUUGACGAAUCAGAUGUUGAGAAUCUCCCCUACUUGCAAGCAGUUGUAAAAGAAACACUACGACUAUAUCCACCAUUGCCUGUGACAACAAGAAAAUGUCGUCAAAGUUGCAAAAUUGGAGGUUUUGAAAUUCCCCAAGAAACCGUGGUGUUAAUCAAUCUGUAUGGCAUAAUGAGAGAUCCAAAUUUAUGGAGCAAUCCAAAUGAGUUCCAACCAGAGAGAUUUUUGGUUUCCUCUGAAAAAAAAGAAAGUAUGAAAUAUAAACAUGAUGAAAUGUUUACUUUUCUUCCUUUUGGGGCAGGGAGGAGAGCUUGCCCUGGUUCAAAGUUAGGGUUGAGUAUGGCACAUAUGGCAGUUGCAACCAUGGUUCAAUGUUUCAAUUGGGAAGUGGUUGGAGAUGGAGGAGAGAAUAAGGGUAAAGUUAAUACUGAAGUUUCAAAAGGCACUUUUAUUCACAUGGCUCAUCCACUUAAGUGCCUUCCAAUUGUUAAAUUCAACCCAUUUGAUUGUGUGAUGUAAGUUUGUUUACUUCUAAAAUAAUGCAUGUACUUCAUUUCACACUAUCUACUACUUUAAAAUAAGUAGAAGCACAUGCAGUAAAAUA